AUACAUACCUGCUUUUGACAUUCCCGUGAUCGUGAUCACCAGCAAGCUCCUAGACCUGACAUCAUGGUGCAUUUUACUUCUGAGGAAAAGGCUCUUGUCAAUGGACUGUGGGGCAAAGUGAAUGUGGAUGAGGCUGGAGGUGAAGCCUUGGGAAGGCUCCUUGUUGUUUACCCUUGGACCCAGAGGUUCUUUGACAGCUUUGGCAACAUGUCCUCUGCCUCUGCCAUCAUGGGCAACCCAAAGGUCAAGGCCCAUGGCAAGAAGGUGCUGACUUCUUUUGGAGAAGCCAUUAAGAACAUGGACAACCUCAAGGGAGCCUUUGCUAAGCUGAGUGAGCUGCACUGUGACAAGCUGCAUGUGGAUCCUGAGAACUUCAAGCUCCUGGGUAAUGUGCUGGUGAUUGUUCUGGCUACUCACUUUGGCAAGGAAUUUACCCCUGAUGUUCAGGCUGCCUGGCAGAAGCUGGUGUCUGGUGUUGCCACUGCCCUGGCCCACAAGUACCACUGAGCCUUCUUUCCAGUUCACCAGGCUCCCAUGUAUCCCUCAACCCUUCCUCCUUUACAUGGGAGCUGGACUCGAAUUUGAGAGCUCAGCUUCUGUUUAAUAAAGUUCAUUCUCUUCAGU